GUUAAUGGUAAAAAACGAAUGCAUGUGGACCAUAUAUGAUGUAUUCUUUAUACAAGAAGCAUAUGGGGCAUCUUUUUCUUCUUUCUUUUCUGAUAUAACUAAAACAGAAUGAUUCAAUUCUGUUAAUGAUAGACAUGGGUAUCACUGGAGAACUCGUGAGGAGCGUCUUCUCCAAAAAUCGAUCUUUUGGAACUACCCAUGACACCAAUGUUAUGAGAACCAAUUCGGUUGAAAGAAAGAGAUGGUCGUCUGUGAGAUCGUAUCUUUGUGGCGAUGAAUUCAAUUCGGUUUUAGCAGAAGAAGAUUCGGCUUCUAGAAGAUUCUCGAGUUCAGUUUUUCUUGAAGAUUACUCUGGUUCUGCAAGAACUUCAAAAGCUACUGUUUUUAGUUCUCGAAUUGACGAUGGGUCUGAAGCCACAGUCACACAACCCAUUUCAGAAAACUCAAAUGAAAGUUUACACGACUACAAAAAGACUAAUUUGCCCUUCGAACAUGAUGCUGCAGUUGUCAUUCAAUCAGCUUUUAGAAGCUUUCUGGCUAGGAAUCGGAAUGAAAAAGAAAGAGUUGAAUCGGUGAAUGUUUGUGAUUUAGAGGUUGCAGUGGCCACCGGAAGUCCUGGGAGGGCGUCGAUAGCGACGUCGGUGGAAGUUCAAACGGGAAACUCGGUGGUGGAAGUUAACGAAGGUUGCAACAGUUUUGCUCAUCGUAUGUCAAAUCAAAAAGGGGCCAAAGUACAAGUGUCGAAGCUUAAGCAGGAAGAUUGGGACGAUAGCACAGUGAGUAGCAACAUAACAAAAAUGAGGAUUCAAAAUAGACUCGAAGCAUCUACUAGACGCGAAAGAGCACUCGCGUAUGCUUUCUCACAACAGUUAAGGAUUUGCUCAAAGAAGAAGCAAAAUGUGAGAAGUGGGAAUGAUUCAGAAACAAAUAUGAGUUGGAGUUGGCUUGAAAGAUGGAUGGCUACUCGACAACAUGAUACUUCUUUUGGGGACUUAAGCAAACAAUUUGAAGAGCUAAAUGUGAAUCAAAAGUUAAUGGUGAAAAAGAAAGUUAUAUCAGAUUUGGCGGGGGAAGAGAAGGAAAGCUGUGGAUCAAAUGAAGUUUCUAUCCAUUUUGAUAAUGUUUCUUUGAGCUCAAAAACAGCUGAAAAAUCUUACUAUAAGCCCACUCGAAACAGGCUCAAGGCAACAAGGCAAAAAUCCUCAACGGGUUAUAAGGAGUAUUCUAAGAUGAAUAGGCCAGGAGGAGUAAGAGAAAUUAGAUGUGAAGAUCAACAAUGACUCCAACGAGUUAUGACUUUUAUAUAUUAAUAAUAUUUACUACUUUGAAACCAUUAAUGUUGUGGUAAAUUUGUAUAAAUAUAAGGUUUUGAUUAGGAUGUGGGUUUAAACUGUAUUUGUAUUUGGAAUGAUAAUAUUUUAAUUCUUAAAUUAGGUGUUUCUUUUUCUAUUUGACAUAAUAAUAUUGUGAAGUUUAUUUGGUUUAA